UCCAAAAUGGCUAAUGCACAAGUUCGAGUGACCAUGGUUGAUACCGUGCGAGGUGGUCAGCACUUGUUUUAUGAGGGAUUCAAGUUUCGUUGCAAGAAAACGGUCCGUGAGAAGAAGUAUUGGAACUGCGUUGUUGCUGCCUGCAGAGCGUCGGUGAUCACUGAAAACGGCAUUCUUCAAGCGGCUUUGCAGGUGAACCAUACCCACCAACCUAUCCAAUAUGAGAUGGAAGUGGAAUCUUUCAAGUCCAAGCUCAUGCACCGUGCUAAGACGGAAACAACGCCGAUUCCAACCAUAUACGGAGAUGAGAUUUCCAGACUUCGCCGCCACCACGACGUAGUUCCAGACGACCUGCUUAAAGAAAUUCCUUCCUUUGCAUCCCUGAAGACCAUUCUGUACCGACAACGCCACAAGACCCUUCCUAAACUUCCUAAACAACGUAGAACUCGCCAUUCAACGAAUUGGAUCCCACUGGUCAGCACCACCCAGAAAGAGAAGAUACCUGCUGAUUGA